UGGCUGUUUGAAAAGACAGUCUUUUUAAAAAGAAGCUCACAUCCAUUAGUGCAAAGUCAACAAAGUCCGCUACCCAGGUUGAAAACCAAGAAAGUGAUUGACGGCACGAAAUAUCCAAUCAACUUCACCAGCGCAUCGGCAAAAACCACCAAGGGCGGAGUCUUUGUUAUACAGAAAAUAAAUAUAAUUGGAGAUUUGGGAAAUGAAACGGCACCGCCUCUUGCAAAGCAUCAUCACGUGAUUUUCCUUAGCAACGGGUGGAUGUCAGCAGUGGCUGCGAGAAAAAGGCUGGUGUGUUAGGAGAGUUUCUUGUGCAGACCGGUCAGUGUGAGGUUGCCGAAAAGAAUUUUGAUUUGCACGCCGCAGUUUUGUUUGUAGCAGUGUGUUUAUUUUGUAAGUAAACUGAAUAAAACACUAAAAAGAACAACACAUUUUCAUAAAUUAAAGUGCGCAGGCUUCAGAAAACAUGAGUCUCCCUAACCCCGGAACACUUGCUGCCUACAACAGUCUAACAGAUAGACACCUGACUGGGUACUUCAGUAACACAAGAAUAAGGAGACAUCUUCAGAAAGUUGGACUGAUUACAAGACAUGGAAGAAUUGUACCAGACAAAGAGUACAGACAUAACAUAAUGAGGAGGGAUCAUCAAAAAUAUGUGCGAGAAUGUCUGGCACAAGCCAUCUUUCACAAGGUCCUUGACAUGGAGAGACACAAUCGAAAAGAGAUCAAAAGGAAAUUAGAAGAUUUUGAACGCAAAGAACGGGUGCAGAGGAUCAAGGUGGAUCGAUCAAAGAGAUACGAUGAAGAUCCCCCAUUACUCUCCCCACGACCACCAACUGCCCCCAAAAAUGGUCACUCUGGACCAGAGGCCGGUCAGUCUGAAUCCUCAGAACCCAAGUCUAUUUCCCCUCGACCAUGCACUGCACCUGGAAAAAUACAGAGGCCUGUUCUCCUGCAGCCUAUACAGAACAAUGGCAUUGCAGCAUCUGCCAGAAGGACAUACCCAGGCUCCAGACAGAUGGGCCUCAGUGAGAAGACAGAACAUCAUUUCAUCUAUUCGCUUGACAGAGAAGCAAGGAGGCAUAUUACCUCAACAGAUUUUGCCAGUGGAAUCUCCCCUUACCGACUUCCAGUUAUUAACAAUUAUGUAACUCCAGUUCCACCUCCCCACCAAAAAAGGGACAGAAGCUUUAAAGGAACCUCUAAUGGAACGAGAAGGGGUAGAAAACUACGACCUACAACUGCACCAAAUGGAAUUGAAGAAACAAAGGAUUCUUCUAAAUUCCACAAGACAUCUGUGCACAGUAACGUUGCUGUCACCAUGUUGUAUUUUGGAAAGAGUAUUCAUUUGUCUCAUGAUGACACAGACUUUAGAGAUGAAGUGAAAGUUUACCAGCAGCACUGUGGUGGAGAAAAUCUCUGUGUUUACAAAGGAGAACUCGCAGAAGGAGAAACCUUUCAGUUUGUCUCCAGACGUCACCACGGUUUUCCUUUCAGUCUUACCUUUUUCCUGAAUACAAUGCAAGUUGAUAGGCUCAGUUCCUGCUGCGAGUUUAAACAUUGUAAAGGAGCUAGAUUGGGAGGAAAACAAGGGCACUUUGGCAUUGUCAGUGUUGAAGGAGCUUCCCCUUGCUACAGGUGUAUCAUUGCUGUGGGUUUAGAUAAGAAACCCACCCCUCUGCCAAAACGGAUAAAAAAGGAGGUAGAAAAAGAGGAGUCGACUAGAGAUCAGGGUAAAGAAGACAAGAGCUGCAGUGACGAAGAGAUGCUUAAAGAAGAGAGCAGAUCAAAUUCCUCCUUGAGAUCUCCACACAAUGAAGAAGAUGUUGAGGAGGAAAAUCCGAUGGAAUUAGAACCCAAAGAAGAGAAUGAGAUACCUGGUGAUGAAAAAUUGAAGGAUGAAUAUGAUGACGAUUUUGAAGUAGAUGAACUGAAGCCUGAUGCAAAAGAAGAGAACAAAAAAGAGGCUGACAUGAAUGGAAGGUCAUCAACCUCCUCUGAUGAUGAAAGGGGUAAUUCUGACACAGAGGAGACCGAAUAUAAAGAGAAAGAAAAGCACCAUUCUGGCAGUGAUGAUGAUAGAGCCAGCUACUCUGACAGUGAGGAGGAGGAUAGCAAACAAGGUACUGAAGCGGACGAUGCUGUAGCCUUUUCAUCAAUGCAGAUGAAAAAGGAAGAAGAAUCAGCAGUAAACCCUGAAGAUGCACAUGUUAAAGAGGAUCAAAUUAAAUUGGCUAAAGACACUGAAAUGGAAGAAGAGGAACCCCAGGAAGAAGCUCAGAAAGCAACACAAUUUGUAGGAGAUAAGCAUGAUAAGGAGAAUAAGGCAGAAGAGACCGAUCCCGAAGCUCGAGUAGAUGAGAUUGAGCCUGGGGUUAAACUAGGUGAGUCUGGGGCUAAUGUAGAGCCCAAGACAAAGGCAGAAGUGACAGAGCCUGAGGCUAACACAGUGGAGGCAGAGCCUGAGGCUAUGACACAAAAGACAGAGCAUGAUGCUAAGGCAGUGGAGGGACAACCUGAGGGUAAGACAGAGUCAAAGACUAAGACAGAAGAGGCAGAGACAGAGUCAGACACUGAGACACUGAAGGAAGAGCCUGAUGCUAAGACAGAAGAAACUGAGUUUAAAGCAAUGGAGGAAGAGUCUGAGACUAAAGCAGUAGAGAAAGAUCCUGAGGGUAAAACAGAGGUGGCAGAGACAGAGGCUGAGACAGAAAAGAAAUUUGAGGCCAAGACAGUGGAGGACCAGUCUGAAGCUAAGACAAAAGAAACUGGGUCUAAAAUAGCAGAGGAAGAAUCUGAGGGUCAGGCAGAAGAGGCACAGCCUGAGGGAAAGGUAAUGGAUGCAGAACCUGUGUAUAAAGAGCCUAAGGCUGAGACAGAACAAAUUGAGGCUGAAGUAGUAGAGUCAGAAGUUGAGGCUGAGGCUAUGACAGUGGAGGCAGAGCCUGGGACUAUGACAGUGGAGGCAGAGUCUGGGACUAUGACAGUGGAGGCAGAGCCUGGGUCUAUGACAGUGGGGACAGAGCCUGGGAUUAUGACAGUGGAGUCAGAGCCUGGGACUAUGACAGUGGAGGCAGAGUCUGGGACUAUGACAGUGGAGGCAGAGCCUGGGAUUAUGACAGUGGAGUCAGAGCCUGGGACUAUGACAAUGGAGGCAGAGCCUGAGGCUAUGACAGUGGAGGCAGAGCCUGAGGCUAUGACAGUGGAGACAGAGCCUGGGACUAUGACAGUGGAGGCAGAGCCUGAGGCUAUGACAGUGAAGACAGAGCCUGGUAUUAUGACAGUGGGGACAGAUCCUGGGAUUAUGACAGUGGAGACAGAGCCUGGGACUAUGACAGUGGAGGCAGAGCCUGAGGCUAUGACAGUGGAGGCAGAGCCUGAGGCUAUGACAGUGGAGACAGAGCCUGGGACUAUGACAGUGGAGGCAGAGCCUGAGGCUAUGACAGUGGAGACAGAGCCUGGGAUUAUGACAGUGGGGACAGAGCCUGGGAUUAUGACAGUGGAGACAGAGCCUGGGACUAUGACAGUGGAGGCAGAGCCUGGGACUAUGACAGUGGAGGCAGAGCCUGGGUCUAUGGCAGAGUCUGAGACUAAGGCAGAAGAGUCUGGAGCUAAGAUAGAAGAGGCAGGUGUUAGAAGAGCAGCAGAGAUAGGAGAGUCGAUUUCAGAGAUAAAGGCAGGAGAAGUAGCACCUGGAGAUAAAGUAACAGAGAUGGAAAUUAAAGCAGAAGCAGCUAAAAGUGAGUCGAAGGGUGGGUUUACACUUGGCAAUUGUUGCUAGCAAUAGUUGCUGGCAAUGAUUGCUAGCAAUUUUUCUAAUCUACAUUUAGCAAUUUAUUGCUUGCGAUAUUGGUAGCAAUUUCAUGGCACUAUCCAAGGUUGCGGCUGCAGUAGUGUUGUGUGUGGCUGUUUCUCUGUACAGUAAUCACUAUGAUCCAGUACAGUAUAGAAAGAAAAAUCUGAUCUACAUUUAAACCAACCACUUAAAUAAAUACAGAAGUAAGCACUAAUGUUAAACGUGUAGCCAGUUAAAUACAGCAUUGUUUGUGUAGUCUUUGUAAUUCUGUUUGUCUCAGUAUAGAUUACCAGAGAAAUGCAGAGAUCACAAAACAUUUGUCAACAAAGUUACCUUG